GGAUAAUCUGUUGAUAACGCUAUGUUACCAGAAAAAACAGAGAGAAAAAAGGAGAAAACAGAGGGAAACUCCUAAAAAGGGGAACAAAAUGGUGGCGAUUUCUUUGUACAGAGGGAACCUCCACAGAGCACCGGACAUACCUCGCCGAUGGCUAAUGCCGACUCCCAACAUCUCUCUCAGAGACUUCAAAUCCCUAUUGCACCGCCGCAACAAAGCUCUCUUUCGUCUCCGUUCCACUUCUUCCUCUAGCCCUAACCCUAACCCUAACUCUGAACCUAAUCCUGAUUUAAAGCCUCACGUUCAAUCUCCCAUGCCCAAUGGGCUUCCUAUUCAGCCCAAAUUGGAAGCUCAAGUUGAGCCGGAACCGCCCAAGGAUUUGAAAACUGGACCACCUCCUGCGGAGGUCAAGGUGGAGGUAGUUGGAGGAUUCGACCGUGGAGAUUGUUCGUUUAAGCCGGAAGAUGAGCAGCCCGAGAAAGAUGAAAAUUUACAAGUGGAUGAGAAACCGCCUGAGGAGACUAGAGCAAAUGUAGAGGUUAGGGAAAAUGUAAAUGAGUUGAAUGAAAAAGAGAAAAGGAAAAGGGAUGUUGAGGAGAAGUUACGAGUUUUGAAUGCAAAGAAGCAUAAUUUGGUACAAUUACUAAAGCAGAUCUUGAAUACGGAGGAGGAAUUGAAGAGAAGAAAUAGCACGCAAGGUAUGGCAAUCUGUCCGGCUGUUCCACUUCAAGUGGAAACCACUAAUGACUCUGGGUCAAUGACUAGGCUUGUCACUCCUAGAAUGGGCUCGGAGGGUAAUCUUGCUGGUGAAAAUGAAGGAGGUGAAGCUGAUGAUGUUUCAAAUGCUAACAUUCAUUCUCGUCUUGUGUUUCGGAUGAGCAGUACAUCACCUUCUUCAGAAUCUCCUCUUAGAAGACCAACCUACAUUCAACACAAUGUGGUUCCCCUCCCCUCUCGAGCAAGCAUGGGGAUCACAGGUAGCCCAUCCCGUUUUGCUCCUACUGGAAAUCAAGGUCAUCCUGGAAAUCCUCCUGCUGUAUCCGUGUCAGGAACAAAUUAUGUUGCAUCAUCUCCUUCCCCUGCAGCAUCUGGUGGCACUUCAGUUUUCAGAGAGGCUCGGCAGCCAAGUCCAUGGAAUUAGAAUCUGUAGCCCAUUGAACUCUUUAUGCGAUUGUGGCUUUAAGAUGGUGUAUUGUGAGCUUAGCAACAUUCAGGUCCAUUUUGGUUAUUCUUGCUUAAGUAAAAAUUAGAAUAUUGGUUCUCAAUUUCAUGUCAGAUUGUCAGGUCCAAGGGGUUGCCGUCUUCUAUCUUCCUAUAUAACUGCUUAGAUGAUACUUAUACGGCAUGUCUUGCACAUCGUGAAGCUGUAUAUUUUUAGAAUGUAGAAGAUUGCCAUGUAUUGAAGGCGUAGAUUUUUCUUUCGUUUUGAAUUUUUUCA